UUGCAUAUAAACCAAGUGUAUUCGUUAUCUCCAUAAUCUUACUGAUAAUUCCAUCGCUAUAUCAAAAGCACGGAGUUGUUAUUAAUAAUUUGGAGAUAAAAAAAGGCACCUGUGUAUUGAUAAAUGCAUUUAAUAUGAUGAUUGCUAAUUCCUCAAUUAUGUGUUAUUUAUGUUUUUUCAGAUGCUGGCCCGAGUGCUCCUGCUGACCACUUGAGGCUGGUAUUCUACAGAAUGGGCCUUGAUGACAAGGAAAUCGUUGCUUUGUCUGGGGCACAUACACUUGGAAGGUCUAGGCCUGAACGGAGUGGCUGGGGGAAACCUGAAACAAAAUAUACUAAAAAUGGUCCUGGUGCACCUGGUGGACAAUCAUGGACAGCUGAGUGGCUGAAGUUUGAUAACAGUUACUUCAAGGAGAUAAAAGAGAAAGGAGAUCAGGAUCUUCUUGUGCUGCCUACAGAUGCUGCAUUAUUUGAGGACCCAACAUUCAAGGUCUAUGCAGAGAAAUAUGCAGCAGACGAAGAAGCAUUCUUUAAAGACUAUGCGGAGGCUCAUGCUAAACUGAGCAGCCUGGGUGCAAAGUUUGAUCCUGCCGAGGGAUUCUCAUUGGAUGAUUAGCGCCACGCGUGAGCCAGAGAACCCUUGAAGCAGCCAAACACACUUCUAAAAGGACCAGGCCACGGCACAACUUAAUCACCAUUGUUCCUCUCCAGCUUGGUGUCACUAUACUACAGGACGAGGCAUUUUCCCAACUUAUUAUCAUACAGUACAAGAUAGAGAUUUUCCUUCCCAACUUGGUCAAAUUGUUAGAUUUGGUGGUUGAGGUCGCGAGUGCAAAAAUAAUACAGGCGUGCCAAACAAAUCUGAGCCAUUCGUUCAUGUGAAUCUGCUCCGAUGAGAUAUUCGUUUCAUUCCAAAAAUUUAUCACAUGAUGUUUUGCCUGCC